UUUAAUUCAGUCGUAUGUGAAUUGUGGUGUCGGACACAAUAAUAAUCGAAAAUGAUUUUGAUUGUCAUUUUUGCUUUAUUUAUUUUUGUAUUGUAUUUAUACAAUGUUCGAACAUUCAGUUACUGGAAAAAAAGAGGAAUCAAGUACGAAGAACCUGUUCUACUUUUCGGGACAUACAGAAAAGUUUUGCUUGGGAAUCAAAGCAGAUCACAGAUGGCGGAAGAACUGUAUUGGAAGUAUCCCGACGAAGACGUCGUUGGAGGUUACAAGGCAACCACACCAGAAUUAAUCAUAAGGAAUCCAGAACUGAUAAAAGAGGUUCUUAUCAAUGAUUUCUCAUCAUUUUACAGACGUGGAUUGGUUAAUCAUAAAACAGUUGUGGAGCCUUUAAGAAAAAACUUAUUUUCUCUUGACGGAGAUCUUUGGCGCUUGUUGAGACAAAGAAUGACUCCAGCAUUCACAAGUGGAAAACUAAAAGCAAUGUUCCCUUUAAUUGUGGAACGAGCUGAGAAAUUACAGUCAUACACUUUAGCAGCCGCCUCUCAAAAUCGUUCCCUGAAUGCACGUGACCUCAUGGCUCGCUUCACCACUGACUUUAUUGGUGCCUGUGGUUUCGGAAUAGACUCUGACUCAUUGAAUGAAGAAAACUCAGAGUUCCGUAAACUUGGCGUAAGCAUAUUUACUGUCACAACACGAGAUAUUAUAGUUAAUAUCCUGAAAGAAAUGUGUCCUGAGCUCUUCAAAAAUUACAAGUUGUUCGUGAGAGUCGAAAGCGACAUAUUGGGUUUGGUGAAACAAAUACAAAUCAAAAGGAACUAUCAGCCAUCGGGUCGCAACGAUUUCAUAGAUCUGCUUUUAGCCUGUCAAAAGAAAGGUGUUAUGGAAGGUGAAUCCAUAGAAAAACUCAACCCUGAUGGUACUCCCGUACGGGUGUCAGCUGAAUUGGAUGAUGAUUUGUUCGCUGCCCAAGUGUUUGUAUUUUUUGGUGCUGGGUUUGAAACCUCUGCAUCUUCAACUAGUUACACAUUGCAUCAACUAGCAUUCAAUCCGGAUGUUCAAAAAAAAGUUCAGAAUGAAAUUGAUACUGUACUUGAUAAAUAUAAUGGUACAUUAUGUUAUGAUGCUGUGAAAGAGAUGACAUACUUAGAUUGGGCGUUUAAAGAAGGGUUAAGAAUGUUCCCCUCCCUUGGAUACCUCAUGAGAGAGUGUACGUCAAAGUAUACGUUCAAAGAUAUAAAUUUAACUAUAGAUGAAGAUGUCAAAGUGUUGAUUCCAGUACAGUCGUUGCACAUGGACCCAAAAUAUUGGGAUGACCCUGAAGAAUUUCGUCCGGAAAGAUUUGACCCGGAUAAUUUUAGUUCCAGACAGAAAUUGGUUUAUUUUCCAUUCGGUGAAGGAUCACGAAAUUGUAUAGGUAGUCGCCUGGGUUUGAUGCAGUCACUGGCUGGUCUGGCGGCCAUUCUCUCGAAAUUUACAGUGGAACCUGCGCCUGAGUCGACAAGACAUGUUGAAGUCAAUCCUAAAUCGAACGUUGUUCAAGGUGUUAAUAACAAUAAUUUGCCACUUAUGUUUAGAGAAAGAAAUAAAAGUAAUUGAUACUUGAAACCUAUAGUGAUUAUUAUAUGGUUAUAUGAUUUUAAUUGUAAUGUAAUAUUUUAGUAAUUUUAACAUUUACCUAAAGUUUGGUGUUUGGUUCGGAAUCCCAAAUAUCAAAAUCGUGUAUUUAAAUAUUAUUAUGUAUAAGGAGUAAAUAAAUACUUAUGUAUAGCAGUUUUUUUGGCUGACAUUGGGAAAGUUUGUUGUCGACACGAUAAGAAGAAGAUUUGUUAACAAAAGCAAAGAUAAGCUAUCAAAUGACUGAUAACUUAUCUUACAAGACAAAUAAGAUAUAAGAUACAUUUUAUGGUAUAAGUGAUUGAUAACAUAUCUUAUUAAGAUAACUAUAGCUAAAAUAGCAUAGUCCAGAACAUUAUGAAACAAACCAAAAGCAGUCUUGUGUGAAUUGUGUGGUGUCGGAUACCAUUAUAAUCGACAAUGAUUUUGAUCAUCA